AUUUCUUAGAACCGGGGCAACCGUCAUUCACUCAUAAUACGUAACGUUACGUACAUGGAUUUGGGUAACUAUACAUGUCAGGCAUCCAACAAUUUGGGAAAGGAUCGUGGAUCUUUGACAUUGAGUGGCAUUCCGACUGUUUGUUAUUUCGAUUCAAAAGCUAUCAGUGAUUACCGAGAUCGAUAUAAUAUCACAUGGAAUGUUCAAAGCCAUUCUCCUAUAAGGGAAUAUCGAUUAUUCUAUCGCAAACAAACUUCAAAGUCGUACAUGUUGACUCAUCAGAUUCAGCAGCACCUCGAUAAAUCUUUUGAGAAUACUGUUGUUGGUAACCAGCAUCAUUACUCGCCUCCGUAUUCGACCGGAUUAUCAGAUCAAUGGGAGAAUGUUGUGAUACCGGAAAACUUUCCCGAGUAUUAUCCGGCACAACCAUCGACCUUCAAUCUCAACGAAUAUCACUACAAUAGCCACAUAAACACUCAUCACCACAUGAGUUACUUAAUUAAAAAUCUUUCGCCAGCCACUAAUUAUGAAGCACGCGUGCAGGCCCGAAACGACCAUGGCUGGAACAAAUUGUCAAAUGUUUUUCAUUUUUCCACACGAUCCGAGGACAUUGAACUUGAACCAUCACACACUCCGACCGUUCUACGCAGUGCUGGCCUGUUAGACAAAGGUUGGCUAAGCAGUUCAGCAUCAGCCAACAUGGGAAAAGUAAUCAAUAUUUAUUCUGCAAUGCUGCUGUGUAUUUUGCUCGCUUCGAUGCUAAAACAUUAAUUCAUUAAUUAAUUAAUUUAUAAAUGCGAAAGAGAAAUGAUUAAAUGUUUUUUGUAAUAAUUCACGUGCAAGUUGGAAGAAAACAAAAGAAAAGCUGGAUAAGAAGUUGGAAAGAGAUUUUGGCCUGAAUUAAGCAUUUACAAAAUAAGUACAUAGCACGAUUAAUUAUGUGAAAAAUUAUUUAUAGAAAAAUCAACAAGAUUAAUAAUUAAAAAAUGAGCUGAAAAUGAUGAGACGAAAGAAUGUGCGAAUGAACGAGCGAGAAGCUCAGAAGCAUUUAUGAUGAACUUUACUUAUUGUGUACAUAGAUACAUGAACUUUAUGAUGAGCGUAAGACAUUUGACAUUGACAGAAGAUUUUUUCAUCCUGUAAAUAAUUUCUUUAUUUUUGUAUGGGACCACGUGAUUUUCUAAUAUGACGAUGAUGAUGGAAGACGAAUCGACUUGUCGUUGAUUUCUCUUCCUUCGUCACUUUUUUGUCGAAUAAUUUGCAUUCCAACCGAAGAAUUCUUCUUUAAUUUUGUUUGUUUCAAGCCAUAAUUUGUAAUUCUAAGUUCACAUUUUCACAGCG